AUGUACUCCCAGUGGGCUGAGGGGUCCUCCGGCGGUCGCAGAUUCGGUCCCCUGCUCCCCCGCCUCCUCCUCCUCAUCCAGUUCCUGUGCUGGUCUGUGGUGCUCUACAUGCUGGUCGACACGGUGGUCUCGACCUCCACACGGGUAGCCAAGAAGGCAUGGAAAAGCAGUAGCAGCAAUAGCAGCAGCAGAGGCGGAGGUGGUGGUGGUGAUGGCGAUGGUAGUGGUGAUGGUAAGGAAGAAGGCGAGGGUGAGGGGAAGGACGGGGCCUCAGCGGCACAAGAGGAGCAGCAGCAGCAAGUGCAGGGGCAGGUGUGCGGUGGGGAUAGGGGUUGGAAGGAGGUGGAGGAGGGGGAAGAGCUGGUGGUUGAGGAGGUCGUUAUGGAGGAGGUGGAGGAGGAGGAGGUGGUGGAGGCGGCAGCAGCAUCAGAUGGUGGAGCCCGUGAGAUAGGGAACAGUGGAGAAGUGGGGGGUCGAUCCGGCCCUGUAGGAGCGGCGACAGCAGCCGCAACACAAGCUGCUACAGCCGGCAGUGAAGCACAUGCAGUCAUGACUGCUACCGCCGAGCAGCAGCAGCAGCAGCAGCAGCAAGGUGCCCAGCAGCCGCGGCCGGCGUUCGUGCGGUACGAGGGCGCGCAGCCCCUGGAGUACCCCGCCUUGGCGGUGUUCCUCACGAUCCUGGGUUCCGUGGGGUUCUUCUCCACGCUGGGUUAG